AAGAAGGCGAUAAUAACUGAUGAUUCAGCUGGGGAAAUCCUGGAAUCUGUGGUACAUAGAAUGACUGAUUGCUUGGUUUUUAAAGCAUAAAACAUUUAAAGAUACAAGGUAUUGUUUCCAGAAAGUAGCAUUCCUAUCAGAAGAGUACUGGAGAAAACAUCAGGAGAGCUAACCAUGUGACUGAGAAUUUGAGCUGUUUAUCAGAUGGUCUUUCAAAGCCAGAGGUGAUGGAACCAUUGGAUGGAGCUGAUGGACAGCAGAAACAAAGCAAGGCAGAGCCACCUCAGAAAGACUCUGAGGGGACUCCACAGCAUAGCUGGGUGGCCUGGUGGAAUGGAAUGACAACAGGAGGAAUUUUAUACCUGUUCGCCUUAUCACAGAUAUUGGUUUUCUUCUUUAUGUUUUGGUGCGGUGGCUGUGAGACCAUCCCAGCAGUUCAGGAUGCUUUUGAUGUGCUGUCCAACUUGCUUACUCCAUUUGGAGAGUUGAUUGCAGAUUCUAGCAAGAAUCUGAUCAGAGAUCGGGGCAUCACAAUAUCUUACUUCCUGCUGUCUUUGUUUUCCCUUGGUUUGCUACUCCUAGGAAUGUUGGUUUGGUAUCUUAUGAAGACACCACCAGAUCCCCCAUUUCCCCUUCCAGAGGACAGACGGCAGUCUGUUAGCCGCCAGCCCUCAUUCACCUAUUCUGAAUGGACAGAGGACAAAAAUGAAGAUGACUUCCUUGAUCUGGACCCAGUGCCAGAGACACCUGUUUUUGACUGUGUGAUGGACAUGAAAGCAGAGACAGAUCCAGCAACCCUAACCGUUAAAUCUGUGGGACUGCAAGAAAGGAGGGGUUCAAAUGUUUCACUCACGCUGGACAUGUGCACUCCAGGUUGUACUGAGCAAGGAUUUGGCUAUAUCAUGUCCCCAAGGGAGCAAUCAGCCCGGGAAUACCUCCAGGCAGCAUCAAAUGUUCUCACUGAGGAGGAGCUGCAUGAGAAAGCAUUAGAUUCUUUUGUACUCCAGACAGAGUUUUUUGAAAUUCCAAUGAAUUUUGUUGAUCCAAAGGAAUAUGAUAUUCCAGGUUUGGUCAGAAAGAAUCGCUACAAAACAAUUCUCCCAAAUCCUCACAGCAGAGUGUGCCUUACCUCAGAUGAUCAAGAUGAUCCCCUGAGCUCUUACAUCAAUGCCAACUACAUCAGGGGCUAUAGAGGAGAAGAAAAGGUGUACAUUGCUACUCAGGGACCCAUAGUUAAUACCGUCAGUGAUUUCUGGCGAAUGGUAUGGCAGGAGCAUUCUCCAAUUAUUGUCAUGAUUACCAAUAUAGAAGAGAUGAAUGAGAAAUGCACAGAAUAUUGGCCAGAAGAACAAGUUACCUAUGAAGGCAUUGAAAUCACAGUUAACAGAGUCAUCCAAGCAGAUGAUUAUCGGUUAAGACUUAUUACGCUGAAGAAGGGUGAAGAAAUCAGAAAUCUGAAGCACUACUGGUAUACAUCGUGGCCAGACCAGAAGACCCCCGAUCAAGCACCAGCCUUAUUGCAACUGGUUCAAGAUGUAGAAGAGGGCAUGCAGUAUGCCGAAGAAAAGAAUGCUCCAAUCAUAGUUCACUGCAGUGCAGGGAUUGGGAGGACUGGCUGCUUUAUUGCCACCAGCAUUUGCUGCAAACAGUGGAAGAACGAGGGUGUCGUUGACAUACUCAGAACAACUUGUCAGCUACGGCUAGACAGGGGAGGAAUGAUCCAGACUUCUGAACAGUACCAGUUUGUUCACCAUGUCAUGAGUUUGUAUGAAAAGCAGUUUUCUAGAGCAGCAGUGGAAGAAUGAGGAUUCAGAAUAAUUUGUUAUGACAAAACAGAACUCUGACCAGAAUCGUAUGUAUUCCAGAGCCGAGAAGAUACACAUGGGAAUUUCAGAGUAGAAGAUAUUUAUUUAUACAUAUAUAAAUAUAUAAAGUUUUACUUUCAUAUUGCUUUAUUUUGCAUUUAAGAGCUAAGAUACUGCUUUCCUUUAAUGUGCGACAGGACAUUGUCUUCUUCACACACAAAAACAAAGGCCUAUUUAUACUGUAAAUACAAUUGGUAGCUUCAUUUGUUACGAAAAUUUUAAAAUGUUCUUGUCAGAUUUGCUAUUUUAAAAAAAUUGCUACUAGAUCCAAAUACAGUGUGAAAUUCUUUGAUAACUGUCUUGCUGAAGUCUGUCGUGUAUGUUUACUAAGCUUGAAAAGUAACUUCUUUGCCUUUUUUUCUGACCAAUUGUUUUUACAUUUUAAACUACCGAAUACUGUGUAUAUCAUAAGACCUUCUGAGCCUCUGCAUUAAAGGAUUCAAGUGGA